CCUAUCGUAACUGCGGAAUGCUACAAAUAUGGCGGCUAAGGGGUGAACCUGUUUCCUGUUGAGCUUGAAAAGUUUGACUGGCACACCGUCUGCCAAUUUAAUGCAGAAGAUAUAGAGUGCAAAUGAAGUUGGGAACUUUAGUACUACAACAGCUCGAAGAUGAGUCUCCUAUGGUACAAGCCUGUUUCCAUGGAGACCCAGACGAGGUUCGAGCCCUUCUUUACAAAAAAGAAGAUGUCAAUUACCAGGACACAGAGAAGCGGAGUCCUCUCCACGCCGCGGCUUACUGCGGGGAGGCAGAGAUUGCUGACCUUCUCAUUAUGAGUGGAGCCCGAGUCAACACCAAGGACAAUAAGUGGCUCACACCACUCCACAGGGCAUGCUCCUCUAAAAGUGACGAGACUGUGGAGACACUGCUUCGUCACUCAGCAGAUGUGAAUGCCCGGGAUAAGAACUGGCAGACACCGCUACACAUUGCUGCUGCCAACAAUGCUGUAAGAUGUGCGGAGUACCUAGCUCCACUACUUACCAAUGUUAAUGUUUCCGACCGGGCAGGACGGACGAGUCUCCACCAUGCCUGCUUCAAUGGCCACAAGGAGAUGACCAAACUUCUCCUUGAGAAGGGAGCCACCAUUAAUGCGUUUGACAAGAAGGACCGGCGUGCUGUCCACUGGGCAGCCUACAUGGGCCACACAGAGGUGGUCAGUCUACUGGUGGAGAAAGGGGCAGAACUCAACUGUAGGGACAAACAGAUGUACACGCCUCUACAUGCUUCAUCAGCCAGCGGUCAAGUCAGUGUUGUCAAGCUUCUGUUGGAACUGGGUGUGGAAGUGGACGCUGUAAAUAUCCAUGGCAACACAGCCCUCCACAUAGCCUGUCUCAAUGGCCAAGAUGUGGUGGUCAGUGAGCUGUUGAGCUAUGGUGCAUCUAUCAAUGCAGUCAACAAUAGGGGGAUGACACCACUGCACUAUGCAGCCUCUUCCACACACGGCGGAAUUUGUCUCGAAAUCCUGGUGACAGAGGGCGCAAGUACAAAACUGCAGUGCAUUGAGGGACGUACCCCACUCCAUAUGACAGCGUUGCAUGGUAGAUUCACUCGAGCACAGACACUAAUUGAGCAUGGAUUAAACUAUUGCACAGGAGCAGAAAUCGAUGUUUGUGAUAAGAUGGGUAACACACCUUUACAUAUUGCGGCACGCUAUGGGCAUGAACUUCACAUUAACACCUUACUAGAGAAUGGAGCUGAUCCUCUCAGACGAGGGACAAGUGGGAUGCUGCCAGUUCACGUGGCUGCUGUCAAUGGCUAUGUUGACUGUCUCAAGAAGUUACUCUCGGCGAUGGAGAACCUGGACAUCGACGUGACUGAUGACUAUGGCCGGAGUUGUCUACAUGGGGCAGCAUGUAGUGGACGAGUUGAGUGUGUUGAUCUCUUAUUAAAGAUGGGAGGUAAAUUGGGAAUGCUGGACUCGGAGGGCAGGACAGCGCUGCACUAUGCAGCGGCCCACUGCCACUACCACUGUGUCCAUGCCCUACUGGACGCCCGCAGUAACGUCAACAUCACUGACCGACAGGGCUGCACACCUCUGCACUACGCAGCAGCCUCAGACUCUGAUGCAAACUCGACUGUCUCUUACAGAGUGGUGGAGCUGUUGUUGAAACAUGACGCCCGCCCAGGUAUCCGUGACAACAGUGGCUUCAAUACUGUACACUACGCGGCUCUUAAGGGCCACAAGUUGGCGUUGGAAAUGUUAUUGGAUGCUGCAGCCACAGAUUUACUCAGAAGUGGAGCAAUGUACUCUCCCGCCCACUUAGCGGCUUAUAAUGGUCACAACGAAGCCCUCCAUGUUUUACUUGGCUGUAUCAUGAACCUAGAUAUACGGGAUCACAAUGGCCGUACAAUGCUGGACCUGGCUUGUUACCAGGGUCACCAUGAGUGUGUGGAAACACUGUUACUACAGGGAGCUACAAUCCUGGUCCAGGACAACCUCAACCGUCGUACGCCACUCCACGCCGCAGCAUGUAAUGGCCACACAGAAUGUCUACGACUUCUCAUGGAAACAGCAGAGGACAACAACAUUGUAGAUUGUAUAGACUCUAAUGAGAGAACACCACUGAUGAUGGCUGUAGCCAAUGGCCAUGUGGACACAGUAUUAUACCUCAUAGCUAACGGUGCCUUCGUGAAUAGUAAAGAUAAUCAGGGUCGAACAGCUCUACACAGAGGAGCGGCCAAUGGUCAUGGGGAGUGUGUGGAUGCUUUACUUCACAAUGGGGCCGACAUCUCCAUACAGGACACAUGUGGACGAACAGCUCUACACCUUGCCGCAGCGUGUGGUCAAGUUGGGCAGCUCGGCUCACUCAUGCUGGUCAGUAUACAAAAGUUAUUGCCGAUGGGACCAGUAGAUCAGUUAGAAGAUGCCAAAGCGUUUACCCCACUCCAUAUGGCUUGUUAUAAUGGUCAUGACAGCUGUGUGGAAGUUAUGUUAGAAGAUGAAACUCAUAAAAAAUUUACAGGGAACCCAUUCUCCCCCUUACAUUGUGCUGUGAUAAAUGGAAAUGACACUUGUACUGAAUUGUUAAUAGAUACAUUAGGAAACAGUAUAGUAAAUUUAGAAGAUUCGAAGGGCAGGACCCCAAACCAUGCAGCAGCAUUCAGUGACCAGUGUGAGUCUAUGCAACUCCUCCUCACCCAUGGCGCCAAGGUUAACCACUGUGAUAGUACGGGCAGGUGUCCAAUAAUGCUCGCCUCCUACAACGGUCAUAUAGGAGCCGUCGAUUUAUUAUUAGAAAAUGGAGCAGAUCUGAAUUUUUGUGACAAAGAUAAAAACACAGCUUUACACUAUGCCUGUAUGAGUGGUCAUGAGAGUGUAUCAUUAUUACUACUGGAUAAGAUUACAGAACAUGCAACAAUUAAUAUGGCCAAUAAUGAAUUAAAAACCCCUCUACACAUAGCAGCCAAGUACGGCCUGGUCCCCGUCGUCCACAGUCUCAUAGAGAAGGGGGCCAGUGUUUUCGCGCUGGACGAAAACGGCCACUCCCCUGCCCUGGCAUGUGCCCCUAACAACAGGGUGGCUGACUGUCUAACUAUCAUCCUAGCACACAUGAUUCCUCAAACCCCCAACAGUACAAUACAGCGCUCCAAGCUGGACAACACACCCUCAGGAUUUGGAGCCACCCGUACUUUGGAGACCCCUGACAACACAGGAUCAGGAAGUCCAGGAGGCAGUGUUCAGGAUGCCAAGGAACACUCGGGCUCCUAUCAAAGUUCUGACUCAGAAUUCUAUUGAUCAAAGUAACUUUCAUCCUGCCAAUAAUAAUGAAUAUAUUGUGACUCUGCCAGUAUUGUGAAUAAAUGGCACUGAUCCAGUCAGGUUCACAACUGAAAACUGAUGUGAUCUAGCCAAGACCUUAAUGUCAAAGUAAGAUACCUACAGUUGGUAACAUAAUGCAUUACCCAGUAUUACUGGUAGACCUGUCAAAUAUGUUCCUACUGAACAAAGGUUGAGUCAUAGUGUCAUGUGAUUAGUCAAUGGUUUGUAUUUCAGUCUGAAAAAGUGUGAGACAGAAAUUUGUUGAUUUUAGUAGAUAUUGAAAACACAGAAUAGAGACGUGGUAUGCAAUUAGAAACCAUGACAGCGACAGAGGUAGUAUGUUUAGAGGUUGUCUGCAGUGUAGUAUCGUGAGUUUAUCCAUCAACCCAUUGAGGUAGGUCAGUAUAUAUGCGGAUUAUUGAAUUGAGUUCUUCCAAAUUUGUCUGCAGGGAACAAAUGUUUUAUGUGGACCACCUGUCCUGGAAUCCCGUGUGGGACAGACAUUUCCGGAUAUCUCAUCCCGUGUGGGACAGACAUUUCCGGAUAUCUCAUCCCGUGUGGGACAGACAUUUCCGGAUAUCUCAUCCCGUGUGGGACAGACAUUUCCGGAUAUCUCAUCCCGUGUGGGACAGACAUUUCCGGAUAUCUCAUCCUGAUAGUUUGUAAUGUGCGGAUGGUCAUUUUUUUACUAAUCACUUUUUUUUAUCAUUGUUGAACUUAUGGAAUUUUUCUCUGUUGAAUUAACUUUUGAGUGAUUUUUUUCUGUUAUGUCUUAGUUUUAUGUCAGUUUGCAGACGAUGGCCAAACGUCAAAAUAUCUUUGUGAGUAUAGUGUCCAGCAGGUCACGUAGUAACGAGAUAAAGUUUGAUAAAAUGGCUGCGCGGAAACCUGGUACAUGUCACCAUAACAUGUCCACCCUUGGCAGAUUGUUUUCCUCUGUUGUAUAAGAAUAAGGGAGGAUUAAACUUAUUUGUUAGUUAAUUCAUCUGUCACUCACUGCUUAAAUUUCUAAAUGAGAACACCCCUAAAUAUGAUUAAGAUUACCAAAUGUAUUUGAUUUACUGUUGACAUGGUAAUGAAUUAAAAUUCUUGUAAUGUGAAAUUUUAAAAAGAGAGUGAUUGAUGUGUACAUGAGUCAUUUCUUCAGUUCUGAUUGGAUGGUGGUUUCUAGGCAACAGCUCUUAAAUGAUGAUAAAUUGUGACCAAAUAUUAGAAUUAGCUAUAAAAUAGCAUUACUCAUGUCAGAUUUAGUACAGAGAGUGAGGAUUAAGAUUAUGUGCACUUUAUCAGUAGUGAAUGUCUGUCAAGGGAUAUAAAUUCCAUGAAUUUGAUAUUUCUUUUCCAAUUAAUACAUUGGUAGAAGUACUUUCAGGGAUAACAUAAUAAAACUCAGUAGGAAACAUAGAAUACAUUUGUAUUUUUCUAACAGAUGUACUGGUACUUUCCACAACUUUUUGGUAGAACAAACGAUUUAUAAAAUGUAUGUGCCAUUUUGAUCUAACAAACUCAUUGAAGUUUAUGAAUGAAUUUGUUCAUAAUGUUUAAUGACUAGGAUUUAGAAGUCUGAUACAACAUAAAACAGUUAUAAUGACCCGACACGUUAACCCUUUCACAUCUGUAGACCAUAAUGGACUCAUCCAGAUCAAUGUAUGGUAGAGUCUACUAAAGUUACAUAGGGGUGAAAGGGUUAAGUAAGCUGUGACUCAGCAAUAUUUUAGAGGCUUCACCUUCAUUAACACUCUGAUAUACCCAAGUGCUAAAUGUGACAUUUGCAUUGAUGAAAUCAAACAAGAUAUAUCCAAGAUAUAUACAUAUAUGACAGACAUGUGCUUGAUAUAAAUAUGCUAGUUGUUAGUUAAAACGUUUAGAUGAAUAAAAAAAACCUGACAUUUGCUGAAGUAAUUUAUGAUUUUUAUAAAGAUUUCUUUAUCAGCACAGAUAAUUUAUCAGUUUCAAACUCAUUACGUAUAAAUAUUUAUAGUACAUUAAUCAAAAAUGUUUGUAGAUAUAGCUGUAACGCAAGUAACUAUAACUAGGUUACCAGGGCCACAUUCAUUUAUCGCGAUCAAAAAAGUUGAACAGGUUGGACCAGAGUUGUUUGUUUAUAAAAUAAGGUCGGGCCUAGUAAUCUGAUACUGCCUUCAGGCGAGCCUUGCAAUGCCUGCAUAAACAUUUGCAGAUCCGCAAGGAGUUGUACCCGAAAAUGUUGCAUUAAAGAACAGACAAACCGGUUAAACUGGAUAUGCGAAAGGGGCCCUGGUGUACCAGAUACACUAUAUGUCAUGGUGAGAAGCUGUGUGUUAGUGUUUUCAAUCAAAUAUAAUUUACCUUCAGCUGUGAAAACAAACUGUAUGACUAAGAAUCAACUACAGUACUGUGAUCAUCUCUCCACCAGAACAGAUUCUGUUUAGACCAAGUAGACAGACUAACAAUAGACAAACACAAACUUGUCAUUUAUAUAACAAUGGAAAAGGCCUAGACGUUUCCUACCUAAUACUACAGCCGUAAGAAAUUCAAAAGAAGAUAUACAUAGAAAGGUUUGAUAAGUUGACAUUGACUAAGUAAUUCCUGACUUCUGUAGAGUUCCCUAGACACUUGAUAUAUGUUUUAUUCUAGAGUGUUUGUUGUCCACCAUUACCUCUGUUAGACACAGUAAUAAAUUUGAGCUUGAUCAAAAUAUGAUCAGGAAUAUGUAACUGUAUUAAAGAAGAGUCGUUGUACAAAUUCUCUAUGUGUAUCUAUAGUUGUAACCAGGUUCAUUAACCAAUUAGGACAUUUUUAAUUAAAUCAUACUACCUAUAGCAUAAUCUUGUAUAGCCCCAUUAGUAUGGAAUUGAAUAACUAAUAUCACAAGAAACAUUGGUAAAAGGUUUAACCUUUAUAGAAAUACUGUGAUUUGUCUGUGUUUUAAUUAACUUUCGUUUUUAUCAGGUAUUUAGUGUUAACAUGCUAACAUCCUAAAACAAAAUAUGUGCAAAAAUGGAAGUGUGAACUACAAGAAUUUAACCCCAACAAAGUGUUCACCUUCUGACCAUUUAAAAACUUCUACCCAAUAUUGAAUUUCUCCCAGUACUGCUAAGUAUUGAUAUAUUAUUUUUUGUCCCAUGCCUAAAUUACUCUCUCGAACAAAGGCAGAAAGAGCAACAAUGAUAAAACGGGAUAAAAACUCCAUUUUAUAGAGAUUUCAGGUCACAUGUGACCAGAAAAAUUAGGAGUGUCUUUGUUAUUUCAGUUAUCAUAUAAAUCUACCUGAUACAAAUAUACUGGCAUUAUGAAUUACAUAUUAUGUGCAUGUACUUAAUUGUUCGGGGAUCAUUUAUAGGUGUUUUUUCUUUAACAUUUAUGUGUAUUAUAGUGUUGGAACCAAGGGAACAAUAGGCUGUUUUCUUCAAGUGUUUUGUAUGAAAUGGUUAUGUGAUUGAUCCAGAGCAGUUGUUAACUAUUGUCUACUUCGUCACCUAAGUGAUAUAAGCUGUUUUCGUGAGUGAAUGUAUUUCAAUCGUUUUCAAAAUGAAAUUCUUUUAUAACCAAUCAAAUUGAGUAUUAUUUCAGGUUUGACGGCUGGUGAUCAGAUAAUUAGCUUGAUAUCCAGACAAAAGUACAUGUAGUAUUCCAUUUGUGACAAGCGAAUUGGUUUGCAUACUAUGUUAGUUUUUGUUCUUCAUUGUUAUUUUGAUUUGAUUAUUUAUUUCUAAUUUUGUACAUAUAAUGUUAUAUUAUUGAAAUGUUAGACUAACGGCUUCAUGAGGUAUACGUGUCCCGGUAAAUGUUUCUGAUGUUAAAUGCCCGAUACAGACUUGUUGGGAACUUGAUUUUUGUUAUUUCUAUACUCAACAUUAAAGUGUGUUGAGUAAUAAGUUUAUUAUAUGUUUGGUACAGUAUUUGAUGACACUCUGAAAACACCUUCAGUGUUGAUAAGGUUAGGAUUUUGAAAAUUUUGAACUACCUCAAAUUUUAGUUCGUGUUUAUUAAUUCAAUAUAUUUUUCAACAUUCGUCAAAGUAGGAUACUUUUUAUGAGUCUGAAGCUUGAAGUGCUAGUUAUUUUAGUCAAGUUAUGAUAGAAUUGAAGUUCUACAUAUUCCAUUAUAUAUUGCCAGAAGGGCAUGUGAGCUUAUACGCCAUGUUGCACAGUCCAUCAGUCUGUCACCUUAACAUUUAACAAAAAGUACUGUUCCAGAAUAGCUGAUGAAUCUUUACUUAAAGAACAUCCUUUGGGCAACUCAACAUUUUACGAUUAUAGGGAUUAGUCUUAAUGUAAUAUUAAAGGAUUUUUCGAUUGGGAAGACUCCAGUUGAGUAAAAAUGUAGGGCGUGGUUCCCAUGGGGCAGAGAAGUCCAACAGAAGUAAAUAUUUAAAACACCCCUUUUAAAAUGAAAAGUUGAUGGAUAUAUUUAAACCUAAUUUGAUAGAGAGCUUCCUUGGGCUAUGUUACUAGUUAGGCAGUGUAGGGAGUAGGGACCUUUUAGUAAAAAAGAAGGAAAAAAUUAAAGUUAAAUUUUUUUUUUGAAUAAUUCCCUAGACAGGAUUUGAGGCUAUAUAAGAAUAAGGGUAAAUAUUUCAAGACAUACAAUGCAGAGUCUCUGCUUCUUCUCAACUUUAACAUAUUGCUCUUUUGACAUACAUGUAUAAUAUUCCACCCAAUGUAGGUUAAGACCAGGUGAACUGUUUAGGCUGCUGGGUGUCUGGUUGCUUAAACAGAUGUUAUCGUAUGUUUCUAUUUGUGCUGGUACGUGUUGCUUAAACAGAUGGUAUCGUAUGUUUCUAUUUGUGCUGGUACGUGUCUACAGAAGAUGUACUGAUAUUUCAGUGUUUAUACUGAAUGAAAUGUCUGUUUCAAUGAAAUAUCUGUCUGUAUGAAAGUUUAGAUUUAAGAUCAUACCAAAAUUCAAAUUUCAAGUGUCAGAAAUGAUCAGUCAUUGAAAAAGAUUCAAAAACAUACAUGUUCGUGUCCAAGAGAGGUUAAUCUUAAACCAGAUUUGUGUUUUGUUAAUACCACCAUUCACCAUAACUUCACUAUUUUUGCUUGAUAGCAAUAUCAGAAUGUUGAGGCUCACAUCAUCAUUUCCAAAUCCAAUAGUUUUCAGAGAUGUGACCUUAUUGAGGGUAAAGGAAUCUCAAACGUCAUGUCUCUGGGUCAGAGUGUGUGAUAUAAGAUCUCUCUCCACCACGAUAUUUCAGUAUUAUCCAUAAAAAGGAGAUCCUAUUGGCAGAGACAGCCUGUACACAUAUUGGAAUCUAGACCUGAUUCAGGCAGCAUUAAUACUAGUAGGAUAGGAGUAGGAUUCUGUCACAUCAUCAGUAGGAUAUUAUUCAAUAGCAAUGUAUGGAACGAAGGACCAAUAUGGAGCUUUACCGUUGUCAGGACACAAGUAUAUAUUUUUUUUAUGACGUGUAUAAUCUGUAUUCAGUUUCCUUAACCGAGGUUCAUUGCCACCCAUUGAUUGUAUCACCAUCAAGGUAACUUUUCAUUAAGCUUUCUGUGAGGAAAGUUACAAUAGUAUUUUAUACAUUUUUCAGUGUGUACUUAUUUUCAUAAGCUUCAAUCUCUUUUUGAACUCUUUGCUAACAUCAGGAACUAAACAGAAGUAAUUCAUGAUAUUUAGAUUUUCUGUAAUACAAGGGAGACAUUUGUUUCCAUAUUACGAAACCUUUUGGUUGGCAGAGUAUAUUUGAAUAAUGAAUGCCCCCAUUUUCCAUUUAAGUCCCUCUUAAUGCUCAAAUUGAUGGAUAAAUGGAGUUCUUUUUAAAUAUUUAUGUAAAGAAAGCUGUAAAAGUAUUCUAAAGAAAAUUGUAUUCAGACGUGAUUUAUUAUUAACAAAAAAUGGUUGAUACAUGUUAAACGUAUUUAUAAAUAUACAGGAUUUUGUUUUCAUGUGAAACAAAACGUACACAAAUCGGUUUUAGAAUGCUACUUAAUGGUAUGUCAUAAAUCACUAUGUAUUACCUAUGUUACUGUGUAAUCAGACAUGCUUAUAUCCCAUUUCAACUAAUAACCAAAAAGUUCUAUUCUUUUCUGUCUCAUUAUUUAAACUUAUCUAUUGUUGUCGACUUGCCCUUAUGUGACUGAUAUUAAAGAAAACUUGUCAAUAGUGCACUUCUAUAAAUGCUAGACACACCUUUGUACAUGCAUAUAUCUAUCUAUAUAGCUUCAAUCUUAUGAAGAAUCUGUGUAUCGUUUAGACAUGCACGCUAAAAACAUCAACAACAGUGUAUAUACAUAUACAACAAUGGAUAUAUAUCUUCUUGACUCCCCUUCGUGAACACUAGAGAAGAGGAAAAAAAGAAAGAAGGCUAUAUUUGUAUAGUAAGGACAAGGUGACCAGCUAACAAGUUACCCAGGGUAUAAGGUUCCUCAUUUUGUUUUGGCAUAUAUGUAGAAACUGGGUCACACUGAUGUCACAUUUACGACAGUUGUCACUAUGUUUGAGUCCUACUAUUAUCAAGAAGGUAUUUGAAUGAGCACAUUAUAGUUAUAAAUGUAUUAAUUGUUAGAUAAAGUUAUUUCAAGUCACAAAUCAUUACAAAAAUGAAACCGUCUGAGCGUUUUACAUAGUCAUCAUAAAAACAUGCUCAAAGAGCCUCUCAUAUAACUUCAGAAAUAUGAAAACUCAUGAAAUAUGGUUACCUGUUUUCUUCCCUUCCCUAAUCUGAUCUUUGUUUAACCACAUUUUAUUGUAAUGCUUGUUUUUAAGUGUCAAGGUAAGCACUAGGAGUAAGAUAUUUUUAAAGAAAACAAAUUCUGUAUUUCUGUAAAUUUGUUUGCUAUAAUUAUUUAUAACAGAUUUUGGUAGAGUUUUGGUUUCGGUCACAUGGUCUCAAAGCCAGAGUGAGUCUGUGUCUUGGUACAGCAGCCGUCCUCUAUAUACAAAAGUUCAGUAAACUUCAUCAUCUGGUAUCACUCGUUAUAGAUAGGAGAAAGGUAACUAAAAUUUAAACAAGUUGCAUGGCCUAUUUGAUUGUACCAACAGCAAAUUUACAUUAAGUAUUAGCGUAGUUCUUUGAAAGGAAAACAUGUCCUAACUUCAUAUUCCAAGGGUUUAGAUUGAACUUCAUCAAAGGAGAUAAUCCAGCGUUUAAUCGUAGUAAAAACUAUUGUGUAUUGAAAUAUUUUAUUUUUUCUGGUCAUAUAUACUUAUAUCGAUGAGCGAACUGGCCCUACCGGUAUUUUGUUUUCAUGAAGGAAUAUAUUGAUCAAGAUAUAAUAUAUAUUAUAUAUACCGGUAUCAUUAAUUGUUUAGUUUGUUUUGGCCAUAAUUAGACAUCAAAGAGUUUGGUAUGCAAGUUAGAUAAACAAUGGACCCUGGACUGUAAACACGAGGACUAACACUCUGCUGUGGAUCAAAAGAGUCGUUCACAAAGUUAUUUUUCAAUGGCAAUUUAAAGUUGUUCAAGCUCCCGAUUCAGUUUGUCUGAAGAUUUCUCGCGGGAAGUUGAAAUUGAAACAGUAAACAACUUCUGCUUGACCUUUUAAUUUGUAUUUCUGUUUAAUUCAGCAUGUUGUAAGUUUUUAGAUGUAAGAAUUCUGGAAGCCACAUCAUUUUAAUCAUCUAUUAGAACUGCAUAGUGCAUGACAAUAAUGUGGACAAGCUAUGGGUGACAUUAUUGAGCGCCACGGCCGAGUGUUAGAGUCUCUGACGGUAAUAUUGUUAUGUAUAGUGUAAUACAGUCUAAUAUCGUUACAGAGCGAGUGGGAAGUAGUGAGUAUCCAGAGAAAAUGGUUUUUCAUAAAUAAUUCUAGAAAUUGUAUAUUUCUAUAUCAUGUGUUUAAGACCAGUAAAAUGGUUGAAAUGUAAA